AUGUCCAAGUCCUUUGUCCCCGCCGACGCGGCCGUGUUUGACCCCAAGAACAUGCUCUUCCAGCGCCUCGGCGACUCGGGCCUGCGCGUCUCGCGCCUCUCGCUCGGCAGCUGGCUGACGUACGGCGGCACCGUCGACGAGGAGGGCACGCAGGCGCUGCUCGACCAGGCCUUCAAGGCCGGCAUCAACACCUUCGACACGGCCGAGACGUACAGCGGCGGCCUGGCCGAGAUCGCCGUGGGCAAGGCCAUCAAGAACCUCAAGUGGCGCCGCUCCGACGUCGUGCUCAUCACCAAGAUCUUCUUUGGCACGGCCACGAGCAAGGAGCCAAACGCGCGCGGCCUCAGCCGCAAGCACAUCAUCGAGGGCACAAACGACUCGCUCGAGCGUGCCGGCCUGACGUACUGGGACGCCGUGUUUGCGCACCGUCCCGACCCGACGGUCCCGAUGCACGAGAUCGUGCGUGCCUUCAAUCACCUCAUCGACCAGGGCAAGGCGUUCUACUGGGGCACGAGCGAGUGGAGCGCGCAGCAGAUCGAGGAGGCACACGGCGUGGCGCACCAGCUGGGCCUCAUUGCGCCCAUCUGUGACCAGGCACAGUACUCGGCUCUGCACCGCGAGCGCGUCGAGGUUGAGUACGCGCCGCUCUACAAGAAGUACGACUACGGCCUCACCAUCUGGUCGCCGCUCAAGUCGGGUAUCCUGACGGGCAAGUACAACGACGCCACCGUCCCCUCGGGCUCGCGCUUCGAGACCAACGCCGCCUUCUUCAAGGACAGCGUGGACAAGCUGAAGACGGAGGAGGGCAAGGCUGAGCUGGCCAAGGUCGCUCGCCUGGGCGAGAUUGCCAAGAAGCUCGGCACGAGCACCGGCACGCUCGCCAUCGCUUGGUGCCUGGCAAACCCGCACGUCUCGACGGUGCUGCUCGGCGCCACGAAGGCGAGCCAGCUGGAGGAGAAUCUCAAGGCGAUCGAGGUGCUGCCCAAGCUCACCAGCGAGGUGCUCAAGGAGAUUGACGGCGCGCUGGAGAACGUGCCGGCGCACCCCAGCACCUUCGGCCGCACGCCGAUCUAACUCAGAAAGCAAGAUGCUGGGGCUGAGAGCAGAAAAGGGCUCGCAGAAGCCCAAUCAAACGCUCUUUGCAGACUGUCAGGCCUCGCAGACCAUCGUCAGCGGACGUUGGGAGGGAUGAUUCGCUAUUGCAGCGUCGGUGCGAGUCGAG